GCUUCAUUUCCUCCCUCCCUCCCCCCUUUUUCGACACACAUCAUUUACCAUCCGAGUCUCUUUAUCCUAUCUCUACGUCGACUGCCCCCUCCCCUCUUCAACUCCCACCCCCCUCCGAUACCGCGCAUGGUGUAUUGAAGCUCGUUCCAACUCCCUCGGCUUCCCCGCGCUUUGUCCACGAUGCCCGCGCGCACUCGUCAGGGCCCCUCCGUCGCCUCGGAGGCCGUGGACCCGGAAGAUACAUCUGCGGGCCUGCGCCGUCUCAAGUUCAAUGAGCCUCUAUCCUGGCGCGUCGGACGGUCCGCCAUUCCCAUCGCCGAUCUGCUGCAACGCUUGCAGACCCUGGCGCAGGAGCUUCGCCGACUGGAGCAGGAGGAAAUUGAUACGGACUCGCUGAAAAAGGUUUCGCAGGAGCUCGCGUCGGCUCAUCUUCUGGCGCACAAGGAUCGCGGCGUGAGAGCCUGGGCGGCGUGUUGUAUCGUCGAUGUCUUGCGUCUCUGUGCGCCCGACGCGCCUUUUACGGGCAAUCAACUGAAGGACAUCUUUACCUGCAUCGUCUCGUCCAUCGUCCCCGCGCUCGGGGACCCAUCCAACUCCUACAAUGCUCAGCACAUCUACGUCUUGAACUCUCUUGCGGAGGUCAAGAGUAUCGUGCUGAUGACAGAUCUGGACCAUCCCGAUUCAUUGAUCAUCCCUCUAUUUACGAGCUGCUUCGACAUCGUCUCUGGGUCCUCUAAAACGUCUACGGGGGAGGAGGUCGCCAAGAAUGUUGAGUUCGACAUGACGCGCCUGCUCGUGACGGUUAUCGACGAGACGCCUGUUCUUGCCGCCGAUGUGGUCGAUGUCAUAGUGGCCCAAUUUCUGCGCAUCGACCCCCGUGCCAUGGAGGCGCCGAAUAAAAGAGGGAAGAGAGGCGAUGCGCCGGUGGAUGCGAAGCAGGGAACGCUUCUUCUGAAAGACUACCCUCCUGCGUACAAUAUGGCCAAGGCCAUCUGUCAAGCAUGCCCGGAGAGGAUGACGAGCCACAUUAGCCAGUAUUUCAACAACGUCAUCAUUGAUGCGUCUGCGGAGGGUGCGAAUGGAUCCUCAAAGGGCGGCCAUCGCAAGCCCAAUCUGGACGAUUCCGACGAGGAGGGAGAAGACAUCAAGGAAUUGAGCAAGGCGCACCGCCUCAUCCGAGAACUGUGGAGAGCAUGUCCCGAGGUGUUGCAGAACGUGGUUCCGCAACUCGAGGCGGAAUUGUCAGCAGAGUCGCUGUCCUUGCGUCUCCUGGCUACCCAGACCAUUGGUGAUCUUACGGCAGGUAUCGGGGUUGCUGGACCACCCCCUCCGCCGCCGAUGGAUCCUGCCGCUUAUCCGCCGGUGGCCAUAGAGGAGUACGCGCAGACGAUCCCUCAACCUAGUGUUCUUCUCACCCCCUUCUCUCCGAAACCCUUCUCGCAGACACACAGCUCCACUUAUGAAAGCUUUCUGAGUCGCCGGCUGGACAAAUCCGCCUCAGUAAGAGCGGCUUGGGUCACCGUUGUCGGCCGGAUUCUGCUGACAUCUGCGGGUGGCUCUGGCUUGAGCGAAAGCGAAGAGCAGUCGCUCAUCAAACAUAUCGCCUCGAUGCUUCGCGAUGCGGACGAGAAGGUGCGGGUUGCCGCCGUCGAUGCCAUCAGCAACUUCGGCCUGACCCAGGUCGUUAACAAGUUGGGCGCCAGUGGAGGCUUUUCUACCCCUGAUUCCCUCCUCUUCAUCCUUGCCGAGCGAGUCAAGGAUCGCAAGCCACAGGUCCGCGAGCACGCAACGCAGACCUUGGCUCGAAUCUGGGCCGUUGCAGUGGGUGAAAUUGAGCAGGCGAACGAGCCAGCAGUCACUCUGCUCAAGGAUGGACCCUCCAAGAUCUUCGAUGCCUUCUUCACCAAUGAUCCUGACAUUCACGUCUUGAUCGAUCGCGUCCUCUUCGAUAUCCUGCUUCCGCUCAACUAUCCUCCCGUCAAGAGUAAGCUGACGCGGAGUAGCUCGAGUCAGUCUCAGAAGCAGAAAGACUCGCAGGCCUCGGAAGGCGAUGGAGAUAUUGACGUUGACAAGAUCCGGGCCCGUCGCAUACUCACCCUUCUCAAAAGCCUCGAUGAGAAGGCGAAAAAGGUGUUCUUUGCCAUGCAAGCCCGUCAAAUAUCUAUGAGGACAGCGAUGACGGUCUAUCUGCAGGCUUGCGAGGAGUACAAUGGCGGCGUGAUGGAGAAGGACCAAGAACGAAUCAAGGCUCAGUUGAGCAAAGUGAUUGACACCUUGUCCAAACUUCUCCCUGAUCCGUCGCGGACAUCUGCAGAUCUCUGGAAAUUCGCCAAGGUGCACGACCGGCGUGGUUACCAGCUGAUCCGGUUCUCAAUGGCUGCGGUCAGUGAUUACCGGACCGUCGUCAAAGCCAUCAAAGAGCUGGGAAGGAGGUUGCAAAGCUCCAACAAUUCCUCCCUGCUUGAUACUCUCACGCCUCUCUUGUAUCGCUCCAGCUCAUUGGUGUUCAACAGAAGCCAUAUUCCAGCCAUCAUGAGUCUUUCAAGAACGGAUGAGAAUGGCUUGGCUAACCCUGCCCAGGAGAUGUUGCGGGAGAUCUCUUCUCGAAAUCCCGAGGUACUGGAAGCGCAGGUCCAGGAAAUGUGCAAAGAUCUGGAAUCGCAGACGCCCAGCUCCUCCACGAAGGAUGGUGCGGGCACCGAAGAGAUCCUUAAAGCAUGCUCUGGUUUCGCAAAGAAGCUCCCAUCGAAGCUUCCCAAGGAACGGAAAUUCCUCCAGUCAUUGGUGAGCUACGCACUGCACAGUCCGUCACCUAAAGCGGCGAAGCAUGCCGUUUCUAUCCUCAUGGCUGUUGCCGAUAAGAAGGAGAUGUACGCCAAGGACCUGAUACAGAAAUGCGUGUCCGACUGGGCCUACGGAUCUGAUCGCUUUCUCACCAAAUUGGCUACCUUGUCCCAGCUGAAUCUUUUGGCUCCGCGGGAGGCAGAUGAUGAGAGUGACGCUAUCAUCUCGAUUGCCGUCAACAAGAUUCUCUUGACCAAUCGCUCUCCUCAGCCAGACGCUGGGUAUGCGUGGUCUGAUGUAGUGGAUGAUGAAACAGCAGCCAAGGAGUGGGCUCUGAAGAUCAUUGUCAAUCGCCUACGCGCGAAGGAUGGCUCGGAUGACGAAGAGGACUUCCGUGCUCACGCCGGACCGGUCUAUGAUACUCUAAACAAACUCGUCGUGAACGACGGCGAAUUGUCUAAGAAGAAGGACACGCCCGCAACGCAAAAGUCACGGCUACGUCUACUGGCAGCCAGGUCAUUGCUUAAGCUUUGCGCGUCCCAUGGACUUUGCGACCAGUUGCUUAGCCCGCGGGAUUUCAACUCGAUCGCUUUGGUCGCUCAGGACCCAGUCCUCGAGGUGAGAAGUGGAUUUAUCAGCCAGCUCAAGAAAAAGCUUGUACAGAAAACGUACUUGAGCUACCGUUGGUACACAGUCCCCUUCCUCCUCGCCUUCGAGCCUAUCGCCAGCUUGAAGGACAGCACACUCACCUGGCUGCGGUCGCGAGCUUCAUUCUUCUCGCAACAAACCAACGGCAAAAGAAGCGAUCAACAGACGGUCAUGGAAUCCUUGUUCUCCCGUCUACUGUCCCUUCUCGCCUACCACCCCGACUAUCCUCCGGCUGAAAUGGAAGAGUCUACUCGGGUAGCCGAACUAGUCGACUUCUCCCGCUACAUUCUCUUCUAUUUGCAGGCUGUGGCCAAUGAACACAACCUGUCGCUGAUCUUCCACAUCGCACAGCGUGUCAAGCAAACACGAGACGGCAUCACAAAGUCUGACGAAAUGAGCACCCGUCUCCACACGCUAUCAGACCUAGCCCAAGCGACCAUUCGUCGCUUUGCGGACAUCUACUCGCAACAGCGCAAAUUUGGAGGCGCAGCUGGCGGCACCAACAUCCUGCAGACUUACCCCGGCAAGAUGGGAGUGCCAAGCUCGAUCUUCGCCCCGAUGGGUAGCCACCGCGAGGCGCAAGAGGUUGCAGAUAAGAACUUCUUCCCGGAAGAAGGCGAGGACUUGCUGGAUCGCAUCGUGCGAUCCGUCAUGAGGACUAAGAGCGGGUCCCACGGUUCGGCGAAGAAGAGAAAGCCCGAAUCGGCUGAAGCAGGCGGCGACGCAAGCGCUACGAAGAAGGCACGGAAAGACAAGGAGAAGAAGCCCGCCCGGCCGCGCAAGUCGUCCGGCUCCGCGGGAACCACCAGGACCCCCAAGAAAAAGAAGAAGGACGACGACGGUUGGUCCUCGGAUGAGGGAGCUGCCAAGAAAGCUAGCACGGCAGCAAGGAGACGCAGCAGCAGAGGUGCAUCCCGGAGAGUCAGUUACGCGGACCGGGACAGCGAUGAAGAUGAUAUGGAAAUGGACGAGUGGGAGGAAGAGCAAGCCGAUGAACAAGAGGAAGCAGAGGAAGAGGGUGGUGCCGACAGCGAGGAGGACAACGACAGCGUCGACCUUCCAGACAAAGAAGCUGCCCUGGACGAGAUCCUAAGCGACAGGGAAGACUCGCCUCUCUCAUCGCCGCCGCCUACAUCCCCGCAGAAACCCACAGAGCAAGCACCUUCAAAACCGAGUGGCAAUGGCAAACGAACCUCGACUCUACCAAACCGGCGAUCCUCUCGAAGAGGAUAAGAGGAUCUGGAUACCCUCUCUCCCCUGAGUGUUUAGCUAGCAUGUAUGUAUCAAAAACCAGCGCGAAGUGAACAUGUGAUAUUUGCAGCGUCAGUUCGAAAUGAUUUAUAUUGUAUCUUUUCAUUGACUUGUCGGGGAUGGUGUCAUCCUUUGUAU